UUUCCUUUUCCAGUGCGCAUACGAGAAGCGUAGUAUUUCGUAAGAAACAAAGAACAAAAUGGAAUCUACAGAAAACCAAGGGCCCGUUAUGACUUUCUCAAGAGAAAACAUUUUAGGCCGAGGAGCGUUUGCUUGUGUCUUUGCCGGGACCCUUAAUGGAGUGCCCGUUGCUGUGAAACGUAUUCAGUUACACGAUUUAGAAGACGAGAUUCAAGCCCACGAAGAAAACAAAUUGAAAUCAAUGGAUCACGAAAACGUCCUAAAAAUUCUGCACACCGAAGAAAACGAGGAUUUCAAAUUUCUUGUUCUGGAACUUUGCGAAGCCACCCUCCACGAUUACAUCCGAAGACGUUACGUAGGAGAUAUGCCCACCGAUCCCAACGCUUUACACCAAAUGGCUAGCGGAUUGUCUUACAUACACUCCAAAGGAUUCGUCCAUCGCAACGUUAAGCCAGAGAACGUGUUAAUCAGCCAAACAGGCGUCCUUAAAAUUGCCGAUUUCGGUUACUGCAAACCGUUCCGCAAGACCAGCAGUUUUUCAAUGAGCAUCCCGAGAGGCAAUCGGAUCUAUUGCUCACCUGAAUUUCUCCAGUUAGAAAGCAAAACCAAAGAAGAAAAAGAAAAAAUCAAUAAUGAUAAAGCGAUUGACAUCUUCUCACUGGGUUGUUUGUUCUUCUGCUACAUCAAAAUGGGUGACCAUCCGUUCGCAAAACCGGGAUCGCCAGUCAAUUACACCGUUACCAGCAACAUCGUCUACGGAAAAAAAUAUUUACAUCUUGCAAUGACAAGAGAACACUACGCAUUUGACAUCAUCGACGGAAUGACGCAAGCAGUCCCAGAAGAUCGUUGGAAAUUAGAACGUGUGAUAGAACUGUUGACGCCUCGCGUGGUUAAAGACAAAACAAACGCUUAACUAUAUCAGUCAUGCCUGAAAUGUUGCUCGGGCAUAGAUACUUCGGCCAACGAGAAGGUGGCCUGAAGGCGAUUUGGAGAGCCGUCACAGGUCCCAAUAUGCUAACACCACCUAGGCAUUUUUGGGCCGGCAAUCACUGGCCAGACAAAAUUUCGGCAUGACGGUAUAUGCACCAACAUUUAAAAAAAAAUACAAUUACAAGUAGCCUUAGCAAUACAUUUCGCUUAAUCUCUUUCAAGAGAA